CCUUCCUCGACCAGGUAUUCGUCAGUAUGGCGUUGUUUUGUUGGCGGCUGUUGUUCGCGGCCGGGGUCGUCAGUCUCGCACAAGGGACUUUAGCUUCUCAGGAGAUUAUGAAGAAACUUACCACUGGCUUUGUCAAGGCUAUGGAGGAGUGUAAGGCAGAAUUAAACCUGGGCGAUCACAUCAUCCAAGACUUUAUGAACUACUGGCGCGAGGAGUACGAGUUACUAAAUCGAGACACGGGCUGUGCCAUCAUGUGCAUGGCGUCCAAACAUGACCUCAUCACUGAGGAUAUGAAAAUACAUCAUGAGAACGCACACGAGUUCGCCAAGAGUCAUGGAGCAGACGACGACUUGGCCAAGCAGUUGGUACAAAUGAUUCACGACUGUGAGAAACAGUUCACGGAUAUCACUGACGACUGCUCCAAGACUCUGGAGAUAUCCAAAUGUUUUCGCACCAAGAUCCACGAGCUGAAGUGGGCGCCUUCUAUGGAGACCAUUCUAGAAGAGUUGAUGACUGAGACUUAAUGAAACGAAGACGACAAAUAUCUAUACACCGUUAAGUGAAGGAAUUAAACUUCCUUUUAGAAGAAGAUAUUCUCCUGUAACGGUUUUCAUUUCUUAAAGUUUUUCAUUAUUUAAUAACAACACGGCUACGUUUAAGGAUUGACGAAUGUUAAUGUUGCGCUUUUCCCGACAGUGACAGCUUUCUGUUUUGGCUUCUCCUAGCUUUAUGUUUUAAAAUGGUGUGGAAAAUUAAAAAUAAACAUAAUUUUAUAAGUUAAA